AUCGUGUACGCGCAGCUACUGGCUGUAUCCGUGCACCUGCAGGAUAAGAUGCCAUUGUUCGGGACGGCCCCGCCCUCCUCUAACUAAAGACCGGGAUUGGCUAGGCGGUGAUCACGUGUCGUGACGGCUCGCAAGCACCUGAAUCGGGAACAGCAGUCUGAAUUGACCCAGGGCAUACAUAAUACAACCCGGCAUCAGAGAAAACAUGGGCGUGCUGGAGACAUGCUUCAAAUAAUAAGACCUCCGAUCUACAAACCUGGCUCAACUUCUUGACAAGGACUUUUUUUUUUUUUUUGUAUAAAUAUUUGGUAUAUAUACCGAUACCCCAAGCGCUUCCCUUGGCUCUCCUGUACCAGCUGACAGGAAUGAAAGCACAGCUGUUUGGUUGACUUGAAAUACGAAAACCCGUUUUUUGUUGUUUUUUUUUUUUUGCUAUGGUGGAUGUGAAUGCAAUGAGAAAGACAUACAUGGUACCGGAGAUCAAGCCUUUGGAUCAGUACGAUUUUACCCGGGCUAAAAUAUGCGCCAGUUUAGCCUGGCUGUUGGCUAAAUCUUACGGUGCAGCAGAGAGCGUCCCAGAGGAGCUGAGGGAGCCCUUCUACAGUGACCAGUAUGAGCAGGAGCACGUCAAGCCCCCAGUCACCAGGCUGCUGCUGUCCUCGGAGCUGUACUGCCGGGUCUGCGGGCUGAUCCUGCGGGGCGAGGGCCGUGGGGAGGGGGGGGCCGCACCCCGAGACAAUGCAGCCCUCCUCCAGCUCCUCACACGCAGGGGGCUGCAGCCCACCGACCAGGACCAGCCCAUCACGGAGGCUGACCUGAGGCUCCAGCCCAUCAAGAUGAGCGCGCACCUGGCUGUGAUUGACGCGCUGAUGUCAGCCUUUGCCAUGGAGACGAUGAGCUCAGUGAAGAUCAGCGUGGGCGGGGUGGAGACAGACAGCGGCUCUGCCCCCUCCAAGCUGCAGCCAGUCCCCUGGGAGUACGCCAUCCUCUUCUGGGUAAACAAGCUGAUCCACAAGUUACAGGAGGGCACGGAGCGAGAGCAGACACACAGAUACCCGCCGGGGACGGACCUGCAGACACAGCCGUCGUGUCCAACCCGCUGGUACUGGAAGCUUGUUCCUCAUGCCAUCGCUUUUUGUUUGAAGGAGUCUGGAAAUAAGCCUCCUGUGAUCCGCUACAGGAAGGAUAAGAUGAUGACCAAGCAGACGCCCACCUUCCCAGCAGUCACUGGGGUGAAGGACCUCUCAAACGGAUGUGCCAUCGCUGCGGCCGUCCACCACUACUGCCCUGAUAUCCUCCACCUGGAAGAUGUCUGCCUGAAGGAGACGAUGUCUGUGGCCGACAGCCUCUACAAUCUGCAGCUGAUACAGGAGUUCUGUCAGGAGUGCCUCGGGAGCUGCUGCCCCCUAGCGCUGGAGGACCUGCUCUACACUCCACCAGUGCUCAAGGUGAACAUCAUGACGUUCAUGGCGGAGUUGUUCUGGUGGUUUGAAAUCCGGAAGCCUGAAUUCGUUAAUCCGAAAGAGCCUCUGGACUUGGAAGAUGUGUCGGGGAUGAACGAGUGCACUAGCCCGACCAGUGGAAACAGCAACAGCGGCUCUCCUGCCUUCAUCUUCAGGCAGCCGUUCCUGACGCUCGCCUCCCCUCAGUCCCCCAGCCGCUCCAGCCCAGGCUCUCUGAAUCAGUCUACCUCAAUGCCGCACGUGGAAGGCAUAGGGAGAACCUGGACCAAGAAGCAGCGAAGACCUUUGUCCCAGGAGGUGUCCUUCAGCAUCCCGUUCGGUCUGGACAGCGACGUGGAGGUCGUGAUGGGGAACCCUGUCCUGAGCAGCAGCAGCCUGGUCCGCUCGGUCAGCUCUGACAGCCUGAACCCCAGUGUCUUCCAAGCGCCCCAGACCGUCACCCACGCCACCUACACCCCUCCCGAUGAUGUGGACGGCUUCCUUAGGAAGCACCCAGCCGGCAAGAACGGACCCCUGGGGCCUCAGAGGGCAACCUGGAGCACCCAGACGCCCGCGACCUUGGGCAAAAUGAAGGCGGAGCGGGAAGGGCUGGAGAAUGGGCUGCCGGAUGACCUGCCUACCAUUGAGGAGGCCAUGCAGAUCAUCCACAACGAAGGAACACUGGAGCCCAGGCUGCACCCGGAAGGUGCACCGGACGAGUUCUACCUGCAUUCCCCCUACAUCCUGGAGGAUUCGAGGGGCCGGCUUGACGGGAGCCCGUCCAGGAUGAGCUGCUCCGCUCCCUCCCGCUCGGGGAUGAUGCAUCGAGUUCCUGGGGAGGUGGCGGCGGCUGGGUUAGGGUUUCCCUCAGAGCGGGGCUGGCGCCAGCGGAGGACCUCCGAGGGAUCAAGGAUCUCCCGGGACGACGAUUCCGUCCUGAGGGACAAUAGUUUGGAUUCGGACGAGGAGUUUCCCAAGCAGCAGCAGCAGCCGAAGCAGGACGUGAGAGAUGGGAAGGACGACUGCCCCUCUGGCCUCAGCUCCCAGCCGGACAGCAGCAACAGCAACCAGGAUUCCAGCACCAGCACAGGGGUCAGGAUGACCAGCUUCGCUGAGCGCAAGAAGAAGCUGUCCACCAGCGAGACCCCUAAAGACCCAGCAGAGCCGCAGAUGGUCACCAGUGCCCAGAAGUGUGAGGAGAGCCCGGGGAAGAGCCCCGCCCUGAACACAGAGAUGUCCCAGCUAGGGGCCAGGCUGGAGGAGAAGAGGAGGGCCAUCGAGGCGCAGAAGAAGAGGAUUGAGGCCAUCUUCGCCAAGCACAGGCAGAGGCUGGGCAAGAGCGCCUUUCUGCAGCUGAAGAGGGAGGGAGGUGGGGGAGGCAGCGACCUGGAGGGAGAGGAAGAGACGCCCAAGCUGUCCCUGGAGGAGAGGCUGUCCCGGAUCGAGGACGAGGAAGAGCUGGACACCCCCAGCCCUCUGGGGACCGUGGAGACCCCAGACUCCAAACCCUGGGAGCCCAAAUCCCACCCGGAAAAGCAAGUCACCUUCUCCCCGGAGAUUGGGAAGGAGAAGCUGGAGGACGAAGCCCACCUGGGGGAGUACAACAAGGCAGUGAGCAAGCUGAACGCAGCCCUGAGCUCCCUGCAGAGCGACAUGCAGCGGCUCUCCGAUCAGCAGAAGCAGCUGAUGCACAAGAAGCCCGCCACCAAGGCUUGGGUCAUCCCAGCCAGCCCCAAGCCCACCGCCGCCACCCCUCCCCUGCCGUCCUCCUCCCAGAGGCUGUCCCGCGACUUCCAGCUGAAGCGCUCCACGGACCUGUCUUCCUCCUCCCCUUCCCCCUCACCUUCCAGGAAACCCCCCUCCUCCUCCUCCACCCCCUUGACCCCCAAAUCCCCCCAGCCAGCCUACAAGAGACCCCAGUCCGCCCCUCCCAAGAGCCCCAAGCACUCCCGACCGCUGGAUUUGAAGUUCCCCCCUCUGACACGAGUGAUGACCCCUCCCAAUAACGUGGACACCCUCCCGCACCUUCGCAAGUUCUCCUCCAGCCAGUGCACAGUUCAGACCUCCUCCUCCUUCAACAUAGGAGGGGAGAGAGCCAGCAGAGCCCCCGUGGUGGAGGAUGACUCCUCCGAGACCGGCUCCAGUGAAGACCAGCUCUUCAGCCUGGAGAUGGAGGGCAAUGCGAGACCCUGGGGCAGGAAGGAGCAGGAUGGGGGCAGCAGCUCAGGGGCCCCCUCAGAGUGCUCCUUCGAGAGCGACCCCCAGCCCCCGGCCCCCACGCUCAACGGGAAGCGGUCGAGCCUGAUCGAGAUUGCGCUGUCCUCUCUGAGAGCCCCCGAGGAAGAGGAGGAGGGGGAGGAGAACGGCUGCGACUCCACCAACGAACAGAGAGGAGGGGUGGGCUUCUUCUUCAAGGACGAGGCUCGACCGGAGGAUGAGAUGGCGCAGAGGAGAGCGGCUCUGCUGGAGAAACAGCAGAAGAGAGCGGAGGAGGUCAAGAGACGCAAGCAGUGGCAGGAGCUGGACUCCAAGCCGGCAGGAGAGGUGGGGGAGGUGAAGGAGGAGAAGCCAGAGCAGCCAUCUCGUCCCGUGGAGAAGGGGGCGCGCAGGGGAGACUUCACCCGGCAGGAGUACGAGCGCAGGCACCAGCUGAAGAUCAUGGAGGACCUGGACAAGGUUCUGAGGCAGAAACCCACCACCGUGCGCGGGGUCAAGAAGCAACGGCCCAAGACCGUGUUCAGGGACGAUUCUGUGCUCUCGCGAAGCCCCGUCAAGGGAUACCUGGGCUCCAGGCUGAGUAAAGUCUACUCCCACUCCACCCUUUCGCUCUCCACUAUGGCCAGUGACACAGGCAAGAAGUCACCCAGGGCGCAGUCCCCCUCUGGGCUGAAGUCGCCGAGCCGCCUGCUGUCCAAUCAGAACGGAGAGGACUGGGAGAACACCUCGACCGCAUCAUCACCAGCCUCCAUCCCAGAAUACACUGGUCCCAAGCUGUACAAGGAGCCGAGCUUGAAGUCCAACAAGUUCAUCAUCCACAACGCCCUGUCUCGCUGCUGCCUGGCAGGCAGGGUGAACGAGGCCCAGAAAAACAAGAUCCUGGAGGAGAUGGAGAAGAGCAAGGCGAACCACUUCCUGAUCCUGUUCCGCGACGCAAGCUGCCAGUUCCGCGCCGUCUACUCCAUGAACCCCGAGACGGAGGAAAUGCAGCGGGUAGCGGGCAUUGGGCCGCGGGUCAUCAGCCUGGGCAUGGUGGAGGGCAUCUUCAAGUACAGCUCAGACCGCAAGCAGUUCACCCCCAUCCCCUCCAAAACCAUGUCCAUGAGUGUCGACGCUGUCACUAUACAGGGGCACCUCUGGCAGAGCAAGCGCCCCGGGACCCCCAAGAAACCAGGCACCCCCAAAUAAGAACAGCACCCAGAACGAGACCAAGAGCGAAGAUAAAGAUAAUGAUGAGAUGAUGGUAAUAAUAAAAAUGAUCAACACUCUUUGAUCGGGAUACUCUGUCAAAACUAGCUUUAGAUAUGCUCUGGCUGUUUCUCUUGGUGUCUGGCUUGUCCAAUGUUAAACUCACACUGAACGCGAACGCUGUGACUGAAGCAUCAUGGAAAUCAGAUACUGCAAGAAACUGCUGUUGGAAGAUAGUGGAGUAAAAGUUCAUACCAGAUUCUGCGUGAAUGUGUGACUAACGCAUUAUUAUUAUUAUUAUUAUUAUCAUUAUCAUUAUUAUUAUUAUUAUUAUAGGCGUCUUCCCCCAAAACACUGAAUGCUGAACUAGCAGGUUUCUCUGGUACCUGCCAUUUAGAUUUUGCGGAGAUCCUUAAAUCCUUUAUGGAUGGAGCCCACAUGUGAUUGGGAACGAAGGUCGUAGAAAACGUCCUGUUUACCCGCAUACAGAAUAUCAUUCUAGUAAGCCAGCCAGCCAGCCAGCCAGGGCUAGUUUUCAUAUGACGGAGGCAGAAGCAGACUGUCCCCUCAACGCACUGCCUGGGAAUACAAUGUGGCUGAAGGUAAUGGAGAGUGUGGAGGUCAGUGUCUGGGAGUUGACUGGUCCACUCACAGAAGAAUCAGAAUGGAAGAGUCGUCACUGCUAGUGGUUGGACCCCAGGACCUGAAGGAGCCUGCUGUCUGUCUAAUGUGAGCGGGGGUUCCUGACCCUCAAAGACCCCCCAACAUAGGCGGCAGCAUGCUGUAGGGGCUCUCAGAGCCAGUACUGAUGCUCUACUGGUACCCAGAACCAUUGCUGUUACCUGCUUUCAUAUACUGCCUUGAAGUUUGCAAAUGAAAGAAGUGAUCUGUAAAAUACUAAUGAAUGAUGUUCUCUCUAUACCCUCACACCCUGAGCUCUGAUCUUGGUUCAUUCAUCUCUCUGUGGUGGAGGACGCUACAUAAUGGUUUUUUUUUAUUAUUUUCCAAGGUCCUAGCGUUUUCAUAUAUAUAUAUGUGUGACCUUUAUUGAAUGUAUUGUACAGUCUUAAAAGACACUGGGGAGUUUGUGUUGCGUUGCUGUUUUUUCAAUGACUUGUCGGUGGGACGUCUGUGUUAGCAGAAAGGAGACGAGGGAAGGCAAUCCUAGUCAUUGCGAGGGCAUGGAGUCUCAGGCCUGUGGGUGAACGGCUCUGGUAAAGCAUGAGCUUUGUGUGGCCAGGCUCCUGAGUGAAUCUGCAAAGGCAGUCAGCUGUUGGCUGUUCUUUAUAAUUGUGAACUGUAAGGCAGUGGUCAGAAUAUUUUUAUACUGUUGGACCUAUUUAUGGGGAAAAAAAGCAAACGGAAACAGAUUGUGUUAUACACAUAUAUAUAUUCAUGUGUUUCCAAUCAGGAGGACUUUUUUGAUUCUUCCAAUUCUUGUGUUUUUUGUUUUUUUUUGGUUGAUGAGUUGUUCUUCUCUCACCUGAUCUCCUGGAAUAAUAGUAAUAAUAAUAAGAAAAAAGUAUUACAGUCAAAUGGAAAAGAAUAUAUAUCUCUCAAUGAUGGAAAUCAUCGCUAAGAAAACGAAUCACAGAAUAUCUGUAUAUUUCUGAAAUGAUUUCAUGUUUAUGAUUUUCUUUGCAGUUGUUUGUAUGAAAUGGAAAUGAAGUUGUAAAGUGUGUUCUGAGCGAGCGUCUUCUUGGGAAGGGAGGGGGAGCUGGAGAGAAGCAGAGGAGUAAACCCAUUUCCACCCCAUUGUCUUUUCUGCAUUGUCUGCUGUAUAGCUUCUUGAAGGAUGUAGAUACCGGAAAACUCUUUUUACUGUUUUGUACAAUGGCGCUCAUAGUUUAAAACUAAAACUAAGAUAUUUGUAACCCUUACAGACCCAAACCUAAUGUGUUUUUCUUCUUUUAGAUUCACUCUGUGUAUUGCUUUCUGUUUCAGCCCUCCACUUUAAAACUCAUAAGAAAUACACUGAAGGCAGCGCUGGCCAAAACGUUCUUCUGCAAUUAAAAACACUGAGGUUUAAACACCCCGCAGCCUCUACCGUCGUCACUCUAGGAACAGCUGGGACACCAGAGUGUAACGAUGAAUCCGUCCUCCCUGCAACACUCUGGUGCAGCGCAUGUAAGAAAAAAGCAACCCUUUUUGAAGUUGUAUUUCUUUGUGAUGUACAUCUUGUAUACACUGCAGGCAGCGUGUUGUACGUGGAGAGAAUGAGUUUUAAAAAUCCCCAAGAUGGGACGAUGGAAACAGUAACCCAGAUCCAAAGCAAAUCUAAAAACACUGCAUCAGCUAGGAGGACCAGACCAGUUUACCAUCAAACUUCAGUUCCCCUUUCACUGGCCCUUAACUUUCCUUACCUUGGAACAAUCUGACUUCAUGAACAUUCUACCUACUAUUACAUAAUCCCUUAGUGUGUAUCUAAACUUUACUCUGUGCUCCUGUCAGUGCACAAUCCUGUAUUCAACUGACGUGUUAAACGCUACACAAGCAUAUAAUUCAUGCAAACCGUCACUCAGAAUUCAGCAAAGGUCUGUAUUUUUGGGAUUCGUUUUUCAGACUGCUUGUUAGCACACGGUGGACCGUCCGAUUCUGCAGCAAAGAGAGUUGUCAUUGUGAAAAAAGAAACUUCAUUGAUGGAAAUAAGACUCCCAUUGCACAGCAGUUAGAUCCAUUCAUGGUUUUACUAGGAGCUUACGACACACCUGAGCUUGUUACCUAUGCACCGGGGCUAAUCAAGCACAUAUUAAAACCUGGAAUGGGUGAAACAGCUAUGCAAUAUGAGUUAUUUCCAUCCCUAAGAGCAUGUCCCCUUGUGAGGCAUCUAAGGCUGUAAACCUAGGUUAUAGGUUGCAUGUUUAAACCAUCAAUGAUUUAGUAUUAGUUAUCUUUUAUAAGUUUUAUAUUGAUUUUCACAUUCCCCAUUCAGUUACAAUGCACCAGGAUACGCUACAUGACACUAUGUUGAAAGAUAAAGAUAAAACAGUUAGUAAAAUACUAUACUCCAUUCUUGAAUUAACUCCAAUUUUUUUAAAGGAGAAAAAAAAUCAUGUUAAUGUACAAAAUGAAAAACAAAACACGCUGAGCACUGCAAGAGGACUUGAAAUAUAUCGCAGUUUUGUAAAAUGAAAAGGUGUAUUCAAAAAUAGAAAUAGGAGUUAAAGACUGGAGUAAACCCUUUGAGAAUACGGGUUCCAGCCUGAGUGGCACAGCGCUGUUUCGGGUCCUAAAGACUGGAGUAAACCCAUUGAGAAUACGGGUUCCAGCCUGAGUGGCACAGCGCUGUUUCGGGUCCUAAAGACUGGAGUAAACCCAUUGAGAAUACGGGUUCCAGCCUGAGUGGCACAGCGCUGUUUCGGGUCCUAAAGACUGGAGUAAACCCAUUGAGAAUACGGGUUCCAGCCUGAGUGGCACAGCGCUGUUUCGGGUCCUAAAGACUGGAGUAAACCCUUUGAGAAUACGGGUUCCAGCCUGAGUGGCACAGCGCUGUUUCGGGUCCUAAAGACUGGAGUAAACCCAUUGAGAAUACGGGUUCCAGCCUGAGUGGCACAGCGCUGUUUCGGGUCCUAAAGACUGGAGUAAACCCUUUGAGAAUACGGGUUCCAGCCUGAGUGGCACAGCGCUGUUUCGGGUCCUAAAGACUGGAGUAAACCCAUUGAGAAUACGGGUUCCAGCCUGAGUGGCACAGCGCUGUUUCGGGUCCUAAAGACUGGAGUAAACCCAUUGAGAAUACGGGUUCCAGCCUGAGUGGCACAGCGCUGUUUCGGGUCCUAAAGACUGGAGUAAACCCAUUGAGAAUACGGGUUCCAGCCUGAGUGGCACAGCGCUGUUUCGGGUCCUGCAAUGCUGGCUGCUCUUAGCUCUUCAUUGCAAUACUAGGGUUUCUCCUUGGAACUCCUCAUUUGUUUUUUCACAGCUAAUAAUGGCACCAGUUCAUGUAUUCAUUAUUGCACUGUUUCAGCUCUUCCCACUGCCUUUUGUGUUUCUUUCUGUUCCUGUUUUUUUUAUAUUCAUCUUUUUUUAUAUCUUUCUCUACUUCAGUUUGUGUGUCCAGUAACCGCAACUCCUGUUUUGUGUGCAAUGCUACUGUAUAGAGGACGCCUUGCAAAGCACAGGCGAGAUAUUUAUUGAAGGAUGCAACAGAAAAGAAGCAAUGUAUUUAGCUUGUAUGAUUGUUUUAAUUUAUGCUGGGUAUGAACGCGAUCAAGAAAAAUUUUGGUUUAUUAUAAUUUUUUUGGUUGUACAUUUUUUUGUGCAGGAAUGAUAUUCUUGUUUAUUAAAAAAUAAAAUAAACACAGAGAAAAAAGUGUCCCUUGUGCUACCUAAUGUGGCCUGCCUUCUGACUGUAUAUAAGUAAAUAAAUAAAUAUAUCACAGGUAUGGUCAUCUGGAAAUAAUUAAUAAACCCAUUUUAAAUGACA